GUAAACAAAGUUUGGUUAUAAUUAAACUAAUUUCCUUUAAAUAACGCUUUUGCGUUACGUAUUGAUGCGUAAUAAGUGUAAUUAAUGUAGUUUUUUGUACAAAUAUUUUAUUAUUUGUGAAAUUUAUCAAACCCAUUUGAGUAUUUGUUGAGCAUUUACUUUAGCAUUCUUUUGGCUUCUGCCUCUAACACAACAAAAUGUUGUCGAUUGGACCGAAAAUGGACGGAAGUCCGAACGCAAAAUACUUCGAGUCUCCGGAGUCUAUUGCCGCGUACGAAGGUGUCAAACAGUGGCUGCAGAAAAACGGAAAAAAAUACGUGGCAUCAGAGCCACUAUCUGCUAAAGUGCUGGCUGGGGUAACAAUACAAAUCAUGCAGUUCCAAGAGGAUCACCUCGGUAAAAAUUCACUUAAACCUGUCGUUACCAGGAUUCCCGUGAAGUUUUUCCUUGAUUUUAAGCCGGGUGGUGGCUUGUGCCAGAUUUUAUUAGCUGCCUAUCGGUUCAAGAGUGAACAUGGCUGGAGGAAAUUUGAACUCACCCUGGAAAAAAAUUCGAAAAAAGUGGAAAAGGGAAUUGAAAUGAUAAAAUGUAUCGAGAAGGCUUUGAUCCAGACAAAAUUACACUGUUAUCCUAGUGUCUACAUUAAACAAGAAGUGGAUAAGAGCACAGUACAAAAAAUCAAAGAUGUGAUGCGUAGGAGGAAUGGCCAGGUUAUUGACAAUGAAGAAGCAGCCACACAUAUUAUUUAUGGACAAGUAGACCACAAUGAUGAAUAUGGAAGACCUGUAUUGAAAAGGGAUGACAAUGUAAUUAUGCACUGGUACUAUUUCCCCAACUCAUAUGACACUUGGGUUAACAUUGAAGAGGCUGGCUUGGAUGGUUUGAUAGUUGACUGCCCUAGCCCCAGAUCCGGACCUUGGAGAGUAGCCUGCACUUGGGUUUUGGAAUCUGACCAGUACAACGAGUGGAUGUCUGAAGAAGAUUAUGAAGUUGAUGAAAGUGGUAAGAAAAAGACCCAUCCACAAAUGCUUUCCGUUGAGGACGUUAUGAACCCAUCUGAAGCUCCUUACAAGAACAAAACCAAAAGAAAACGAUCACCAUCACCCCAAUCCAAAGUUGCUGGUAAACGAAAGAAGCCUACAAGUAACAAAAAUAAGAGUCGCUCUUAUGAUAACGACCUUGAUGAAUCCAGUAAAGAUUUGGAAGAUUUGAACACUGACCCCAGUACUGUAGAAACUAAUCCUCCUUCGAACGCCUCAUCUAGGAAGGAUGACUCCCAACCAGCUAAGGACUCCUCAGUGGCAGAUCCUGAAGAAAAUGAAGAUAAAGGGGAGGAUUCUCAAACUGGAAAGACGAGUGACAGCAACACUCAGGAUGAUGCUCUUGAAGAUAACGUAACUGAACAAACCCACCAUAUCAUUAUACCUUCAUAUUCAGCUUGGUUUGACUACAAUUCUAUUCAUGAGGUGGAGAAAAGGGCCCUUCCUGAAUUCUUCAAUGGUAGAAACAAAUCAAAAACGCCUGAGGUGUACCUCGCUUAUAGAAACUUUAUGGUGGACACCUACAGAUUAAAUCCUACCGAGUACAUAACCAGCACAGCGUGCCGUCGUAAUUUAGCAGGGGACGUGUGUGCAAUAAUGAGAGUUCACGCUUUCUUAGAACAAUGGGGCUUAAUUAAUUAUCAGGUGGAUGCAGAUUCAAGACCGACCCCAAUGGGCCCCCCAACAACAGCACACUUCCACAUCUUAUCAGACACACCCUCGGGACUUCAGCCGGUGAAUCCCCCGAAAAUGCAGCAGCCCAGCGCCGCCAAAAUGAUAAUGGACCUGGACAAACAACCAGACAUCAAGCGGGAGGAAAUGGAGAUUUCCAAGUUCGGCCUGAAAUUGGACCAGUACGCGAAAAAGUCGUCCGUGCUUAAGAACAAAACCGCCUCGAACAUGACCAGAGACUGGACGGAACAGGAGACCCUCCUCCUCCUGGAAGCCCUGGAAAUGUAUAAAGACGACUGGAACAAGGUGUGCGAACACGUCGGCUCCAGGACUCAAGACGAAUGCAUCCUACACUUUUUGCGCUUACCUAUUGAAGAUCCCUAUCUGGAAGAUCCUGAGGCUGGCGGCGUGCUCGGCCCGUUGGCCUACCAACCUAUCCCAUUCAGCAAGGCGGGCAAUCCGAUUAUGUCUACGGUGGCUUUCCUCGCUUCGAUCGUCGAUCCAAGGGUGGCAGCUGCUGCCGCCAAGUCAGCGAUGACAGAAUUUGCUAGUAUUAAAGACGAAGUUCCCGCUCAGGUGAUGGAUUCAUUCUUGAGGAGCGUUGAAACGGCUGCGGCUGAGGGUAAAGUCGAUCCUGCGGCCAGCUUGGGCACCACCGGAAUUGCGGGCACAGCUCCAGAAAAGGAGGAGGAAGUCAAGAAGGAGAAUGCAAAAGAAGAAGACAAACCCGAAGAACCCAAGAAAAGCGAGGAAACACCCGCAGCCACCGAAGAAAACAAAGAAAAAUCCCCCGAAGAGGUCAAAUCGGAACCAGUUACUGAAACGGAUAAGGAAAAACCGGCCGAAGAGACGCCGCCCGCCCCACCCAAACCGAUUAAAGAUAGCGAAAUGCAGGCGGCUGCGGCAGCCACCCUGGCGGCAGCGGCCGUCAAAGCGAAACACCUCGCCGCCGUCGAGGAACGGAAAAUUAAGUCCCUGGUGGCGUUGCUCGUCGAAACGCAAAUGAAAAAGCUGGAAAUCAAACUGCGCCACUUCGAGGAGCUGGAGACGACGAUGGAGCGGGAGCGCGAGGGUCUCGAAUACCAAAGACAGCAGCUGAUCACGGAGCGGCAGCAGUUCCACCUGGAGCAACUGAAGGCAGCCGAGUUCAGGGCGCGGCAACACGCACAGCAGCGUCUGCAAGCGGAACAGGGCCAGUGGCCGCAACACCAGAUGGCGCAUCCUAUGCCCCAUGCUGAGUCGGUUCAGGGCGGCACGCCGACCCCGCCAUCGCCUCAGGCGGCCCAGGUAGCCUCGCCGGCCGCCCAACAGCACCACAUAUAAGUACACGUACACGUUUUGUAUACAGGGUUGAUCGUCAAAACAAUUUUUUUAUGGUGUGUAGAUUUGGUGAAAUCCGUUAAUUUGUAUGUUUUUACAAUUAAGUAGUAAUGAGGAAAUUUGUCAGGUUUAUUUAUUAAGAUUGUGCUGCAUAUCGGUACCUAAUGUUUUAAGUUUCUUGUGAACCACACCAUAUGAUAAUUAUUGUCUGGUAUGCCCAAAUUUAUAUCUCAGAUAUAAUCAGAAUUCAUGGGAAGAUGUGCCUUCUCAAAUUAGUUGGGGAAUCUUGAAUUUGUAUUAUUAAGUUUACAAACAUUUUAUCUAAACAUAUUAUUUGUCUAUAAUAUACUACACAUGGCGGUCUUAAAUUUUAAAUAAUAAAGUAGAGAAAAGUUUAGUUUUUAAAAAGAGAUUUAUUUAUACCUUAUAUGUAAUUCUUCAUUCAUAAUUCCUUUUUACUAAUAGUAACCCAGUAUUGUCAUGUUUGUAAUCAUGGUUUAGUUUUAUAAAUUAAAGACUACACAAACAUUUCUUGUAUCUGUUAUAAUUAUUGAAAAUAAAUUUUAUAUAAUUA